UUGAUUUCAACGACCAAUCUCAAGUGAUCUCCAUUAUACGUGAUAAUCCAAUAAAUCUCAAGUGCAAUCGGCACCAAAAUUGAGUGAGGGAUCCACCCUCCAACGACGACGGUGAUGACAUGUUAAAGCAGUCAUCACCAUCAUACCCGUCUUUCCCACAGUACAGUAAAUAUAUUUCAACGGCCGACGCACAACGCCUCCCACACAAUCAGCAGGGGAGGAAGCCACGAUGAUGAAGACCCUCGCCUAACCGGGCAUUGUUAGAUAGCGUGACGUGCAGCAAUAGAUAGGAACAGCGGAUAUGAAAAACAACUGGACGAUUUUUCUGCUAAUGACAACCCUAAUAUUGUGCACCCGGAUCGGACAACAUGACUGCGCGGUUACCAAGGAACAAAUGGAGAAGACAGGGAAGUUGUUCAGACAGGUGUGCCAACCGAAGCACAAACUGUCCGACGAUGUUCUAGAUAAUGGCAGAAAUGGGGUCUUUCCCGAUACUAAAAACUUUAAAUGCUACAUUAAUUGUCUGCUCGAUAUGAUGCAGGUGACAAAACGAGGAAAGAUCAGCUACGAAAAAUCGUUGAAACAAAUUGACCAACUCCUCCCGGAUGAGUUGAAGCCGGCUUUCCGGAACGGGUUGGAAAUGUGCAAAGAUUCCGCUUCAGGCAUUAAAGAUCAAUGCGAAUCAGCCUACGUUUUGCUUCUAUGCUUCAUCGACAAUAAUCCGGAAUUUAUGCUCCCCUGACCCACCCGACAAUGACCACGGCUAUCGUAUAAAGGACAGGUCUUUCGAAUUCAAAUUAAGCUAAGAUUUGUGUUAGAUAAUCAAUUUGUAAAUAUGUUUCAAAUAUACAAUGUAGUUAUAGCACAAAAAUGGAAUUAAAUAACGAUUUUAGAAAAUGUC